GGUCAGAAAAAUGUACACAGUUCUGUGUAGUAGCAGCAGUGCAUAGAUUGUAGGCAUACCUGCGCUCCCAAGUUGUUUUAAUUCUACGACCCAGCCGUUUAACUGUCAUCCGAUAAACCCAAGCAAACAACAACAGCAGGAGGCAUCAACCGACACUCUGCAACAUUUUGUUGCAGCACAAGUGCAUUGUCGCACAUUUGAUUGCCGCAUAUCUCACUUUACACACAAGAACUAAUAAAUGUAUUGUUGAGUCAACGUAGAUCUGCGAAAAUAGGACAGUUGGCCGUGUUUUAAAACAGUGUGUGGUUCGGCGCCACAGCGAGCGAGUUGUUCGGUUAUUUUUUUGUGUGUGGCUUGACAAGUGCAAAAGCAGGAGGAGUAGAAGUCAAUACGCAAUAGGAGGGCAGCGCCCCUAAACUAUAUUAUUUGAAAUCGACAAUAACUAACGGAAGACCAACAGAAGCGGCAGCAUCGUUAACUAGCAGAAGCGGUGGCGUCCGCAAGGCGCUGGCCAGCUGUGAGCUUCCUAGCUAAUACCGUGGGGAAGAGGAAAAGCAGAGCCACCCACCAGCAGCAGAUAAGCCCAACACCGGGCAACAGUUCGUUCGGGAAAUUUUUGAUGGCAUUUGAUUGUUUCGUCACCUGGUCGCCCUGUUAUAUGCCACCCAAAAGAUGAACAAUGAACAAAAGCCAGCAUCACCAGAGACAUCAUCAUCCACAACACAACCAUCCACAACCUCAUUUGCAACCGCUUCUGGUGAGCGAUCUGCAGAGCGCUUGGCUGCAGCCAAUAGUAAGAUACCAUCCAUUAUACUCCAUACGCCCAUUGUAUCAAUUGCGUCUGGGACUAUGAGCAAAAGCACUACCACUACAACAUCGACAAAGACAACUCCGACCGCACAUAGCACAGAAGAGCUGUUAGAAGCAAUGGCAAAUAAUUUGGCAAAACACGACAGCGUGCCGGUGCAACGUGACGAUGGGAGUAUCGGGUUUCGUGGCCAGAAAAAAGCAGCGUCUACAAAUACGAAAUCCACAUCAAAGUCAGUGACAGAUAGCGAUAAGAGGAAGUCAUACUCCCCCCCAAUCAGUGGCAGCAACAGUACCAUUAACAGUCAUAACAAUCCCAGUGGCAGUGGCAGUGGCUGUGGCAUUGGCAGCGAUAGCUCCACCACUCCCAUACCAUCGUUAUCAGCGUCAACGUCAGCAUCAGCGUCAGAGGUCCUGUCAACUUCCAGUAACAUAACGACUCCUGAAGAAGCAGGGGCCGCCAACUUCGUCUACUCAUUUCUUGACGAUACGUCAAAGCUGGAAGGACCCACACGCAGGCGCCUGCAGUAUGGGGUGGGAGCGACGGGUAAAACCCAGGAUGAUCAGAAUGUGGGAAAGCGACAGAAAAAGAAAAAGACAAAAUACGAUGCCUGGGAAGAUAGCGACUUCAAUGAUCUCGAUGAUGCGUCACUGAAGAAGCUUCUCGAGGAGGCGUAUUGGUACCGUAAUCCUGGCGACAGGAAAAACAAAAGCGAGCGUUUUCUGCAAAUGCUCAAAAAGGCUGAGUACGACGAAGAGAUCUCUUAUCGUGCCAUUAAAUCCUGCCUCACACUCAACCCAACCACUCUAGCGACGUCAGCGUCCACAUCCGGGGUAGCCGGCAUUAGCAGCAGCAGUAACAACAACACCCACCACACAAACAAUCGAUCCGGGGAGCGUCACAAGCAGGGCGGCUCCUUGCAGGAUCUUGUCGAGGCGGCUCAUCGAAGUGGGGCGGCCACCACAUCUGCGGCGGCGGCGGCAGCAGCAGCAGCGGCAGCAGCCACAUCGGCGACAACCCAACGUUUCAACUGUGAUUACCAGCUGAGUGGACGCGCGAACCGUCGCCACCAGCAGCAGCAGCAGCACAACAACAACAACAACCACCAAAACGCACCCUCUGCCUCCAAAAAGAUCAAGAACUGGUCGGUGUCGGGACGGCAGCGCGAGGGAGGAAGCCUUCCGAGCAGCGUCAACUUUGAGCCAGCGACAACGUCCAUGGAUGCCAAGCUGAAACAGACUAUGGGCGAGUCAUCCCAGUCCCAGGCUGCAGCUGGCAAGAACAGUGCCGGCAGCUGCAGCAGCCUGCCCAGCCACCUGGGCGAGGCUGAGGCCGGCACCCAGUUCGAUAUGGACGAUGAUGAGACGGGUGGUGGUGCGAGUGGGAGUGCUGCCGCAGGCGCUGGCCCAAUCCAACAAGACUGCCUGUUGGAGGUAAGCGAUGAUACACUGAAUCAAUGGGACGUCUGUAUGGAUCAAUCGCUCUGGGAGAUGGCUCAAUCGAGUCUAAUCGAAACCGAUGGGUGGCAAAUUGGGUCAAGUCCAUUUGAGGCGCUUUCGGAGGACAAUCGCGGAAUAAAAAAGAAGAAAGCAGGCGGCGCCAAUCAAUCAACGUCGUAUCUCAGCACAAAGGUGCUCGACAAUUUCAUGCAAAACUACAGCCCGCAUCAGCCCGAGUCGAGGGAUUCGGCCGUUGGAGGCGAGUAUCAAAUCGGAGAAACCCUGCCGUUAUUGGGGUCCGUUGGCAUCAGGUCACCCGGAAUGCCCCACAUGCAUGUACACCAACAGAACAUGCAACUCCAGGCACAGUAUUCGGCUGGUGGACACUUUGAAAGGGGAGUAGACGAUCCCACCCGCAAAGUAGACGCUGGCUAUGUGUCGCUGAGCGACAGCUAUACGGCCUGCUCCUCGGUCUACGCCGAUACGUCGACGAUAUCCCAUCCAAGCCGAGCCGCAUCCUCGGGGGAUGUGUUUGGCAGGAAAAGCGGUCGUGCAGGUCCCGCGGUAACGGGUGCCAAGUCCACAUCGCGUAACCUCGAUGAGAAUGGCAACGCCCUGAGCGAUGGGUACGGCGCCAAUGGCACGCCCAGCAGCAGCAGUAGCAAUGGAAAUGGCAAUGGCAAUGCCAAUGGCAACGGCGGAAGCGGAUCCAAUCAGUUUACGGCCCUGAUCACCACUACGAUGGGUGCAAAUGCACCGCCAUCGUCCACAAGCCGCCAGAACAGCGUGUCCACGCUGCUCACAACCGGAAGCAACACAACAACCACUGCAAUGGCAGCCGCUGCAGUGGCGGCCUCCUUCAAUAGCCAGUUGCAGCAGGUUAACGUGGGGAACGGAUCGGGAGGAAACGGAGCCGCAGCCGGAGUUGGAGUGGGUCCCGGAGUCGGAGUUAGUGCCGGUGCCGGCACUGGGGGACAGCCGACCAAGACCAAGUCAAAGAAGAGGUCGCAGCAGGAGCGCAACACAACCACUGUGGAUGCCGAGUCAGUGGCCGGGUAUCGCGGCAAAGAGUCGGUGGAGCAGCUGGUCAAGUACAUCGAGAACGAUGGCAACAGCGGCGGACAGAAGAAAAAGGAGCGCAAGAAGCAAAACCAGAAGCUUAAGAAGAGCAACUCGCUGGAGGAGCUGCGUAGCUGUUCCAAAAUGGAGGCGGACGACCUCAAGCGCGAGUCGGCCACCACCGAGAUGAUGCCCCAGAAGAAGGACUCCAACAAUGCGAAUGCCAGUGGCAGUGGCAAACAGAACUCUGCCUCCGUGGCGGACAUUAGCAAGAACUGCAGCAAGGAGCAGCAGCAGCAGGUCACACCUGUCCAAGUCCAAGUCCAAGUACGUAAGGUCGCUGAAACCGCCGCUCAGCAGCGGAAAGGAGAGCGCCGUUCCUGGGGCACCGAGGAGCUGCAGUAUCUGGGGGAUCAGGAAUAUCGCAAGCCAGGCUUGGGUAAGGCUGCGGCCCGCUCUGAGCCCGAUAUCGAGGCGGAACCGAUGCCGCUCUCCCUGCCGGCCCUCUCUUGUAUGUCCGAAAUGGAUGCCCUGAACACCGUCCUCUCCGAGACAGCCGAAUUCCAUGUGGUGACAAAGAAGAAGAAACCAAAGAAGCAGCGAGCCGUCACCAUGGACGAUGCGGCCGUCGCGGCCGCUGCCCACGCGGGAGGCAAUCUGCAGCGCAUGCAGCAGAUCACAAAAUCUGCCUCCUCCAACAUGAUGUCCCAGCGGACCCACUACUACACGGCGUACACCAACAGCGGCACGGGCUCCGGCUCUGGCUCCGGCUCCAGCAACCAUCAUGGCCAGUAUCCGAGCAAGUCGGCACAGCAGCAGCAGCCGCAGUACCAGGAUGCGCAGCCGCAGCAUCACCAUCACCACCAUCAUCAUUACCAUCAUCAUCAUCAUCAUGGUGGGUCGGGUUCGGUCAAAAAGGACAGCUCGCGACGCAAGUCCACAUCCUCGAUGCCGCCCUCGGAAAAAUCCGAUUCCAGUGAUCUCGACUCAGUCCACUCGCUGCCGAUCCAGACGGUCAAGAAGAAGAGUCUCGGCUUCAGCAGCGGCGGCGGCGGCGGCGGCGGCGGCGGCGCCGGCACCACCAACAACAAGGAGCGGACAGCGCAGGCCGCCACCCAACGUCAGGUUAAGAAAAAGACCCUGGCACCAGCUCCAAUUUCCUAUGCGGACAUAGCCCGCAACAAGCGGGAGGCCCUGAAGAAUGCCAGUGGCAAUGGCAGUGCAAAUGCCAGCGACCCAGAGCCGUCCGAAUCAGCUGCAGGAGCUGGUGGGGCUGAUAAGCCCGCCGGCGGCAAGGGCAGCAAGUCUAAGGUCAAACCGGAUUUCCCAGAGCUGCCAGUAGCUCUAUCCAUACCGGUAGCCAUCAGCACCGCCACCAGCACUAGCAGCAACACUGCCACCAAUCAGGUGGCCAGUUCCAGCAACAACUCGUCGUCGGCGGGAUCGAUCAGCUACUCGAAGAGCCUGAAUGCGACACCUGCCAGCAGCACCAGCGACGUUGAUGCCUCGCCAGAGCUCACCCCCACUUGCACGACUGCCCCCAGCAGCAGCCUCUCCUCGUCACAGCCGGCGCUGCAAAAGUCCAAGAGUGUGGAGCACGAUGCCACUUAUACGUUCAACAGCAGCAACCUCGAUCAGCAGUACCCAGCCCUUGAGAAGACUGUCAAGAGGCAUAGCACAACCAAUGUGUCUCUGACAGCCGGCGUCUAUCCAACUUCUAGUUCAGUAUCGUCCGCAGGGACGGGCUCGUCAGCAAUUUUCAACUUUGCUGCCGCAACCAAGUUACAGAUGGUGGACAAAUCCACGGGAACCACAUCAUUACCAACUACCUCAGCCAAGUCCAAGACAAAGUCAAAGGACCUGUCAUACAGCAGCGCAAGCAGCACCACCAGCAGCAGCUCGGGCAGUACCAGCAGCAAGAAGUCCAUGAAGCUUGGCAACGAAGAGGCGGCGACUACUCCAGUGUCCAUGCCAGUUGCCCAGAAGUCGACGACGGCCACCCAGACCGAGGGGACCAAGAAGAUGGGCCACAAGAUGUCCCACACCAGCAGCAAGCUGACACCUGAGCUUAUCGCUGGUCGGCCGGCGGUGAUAAUACUCAACGAUGAUCGCGACUCGGAAGAGGAGGGACUCAACAACGAGUUCAUCUUUGGGGAUUUCAACGAGGAUGAGCUGAAGCUCUUCGACGACAAGAAAGAGGAGAAGGAAAAUGAAAAAGAGAAAGAGAAAGAAAAGGAGAAGGAGAAGAGUGAGAAGAAGGUGAAACCACCAGAGUCGCAGCCGAAAUCACAGGCAGAGCCAACAAAGCCACAGGCAGAGCCACAGCCAGGGCCAAUGUCCCAGGCAGAGCCACAGGCAAAGCCAUUAGCAACACAGAUGGACAAGCCAGAGCCCAUGGAUGAGAAUGUGGAUGAGGAGGAGGAUGAUAAUCAGAUUCCAGAAGCAGAACCAGAACCAGAACAAAUCGGGGAGGACAAAACUGAGAAGAAGGAGACAGAAAACGCAGCAGCCACUCAGUCGGAUGUCAGCUCCAGUAGCUACCAGCAGCUGAUACUGAAUGAUUCGGGCGCUGCCUCUGAUGUGGUCAACAGCUCGGCCAGUUUGGACAUGCUAUCGAUCUCGGGCGAGGCCGUGCAGUCGUCGUCGCCAAACUCAGCGGCCAUUUCCACAAACUCGGGCUCAUCCAGCAUCAUCAACUCGUCGACAUCCUCAACACCUUCGUCUGACUCGGCGCCAAAUUCCAACUCGUCGUCAUCCGUUUCGAUAUCCUCCUCAUCUGGAGGCAACGGUCCGAUGGGCUUGUGCUCGGGAUCGGGAUCCGGUGCGGCCCAUGUGGCGAACCAGUCCAGCGAUAGUGGUAUCUAUGGUGCCGCCAACACGUCCGUGAAGGACCACAUCAACCAGUUCCUUAGCCGGGCCAGCAGCAGUAGUGAGGAGCCGCUGCCGAAUGUCCCCAUCUCCAUGCAACAGUUGGAGACCUGCAAUGACAUUGAGGCGGCCAUCAUAGCCGCUGCCCGGGCCGCGGCCGCAGCACGCAGUAACAGCUGCAGUCGCAGAAAUUCCCAGGAACUGGAGUCCUCGCAGUCUCUGUCCCUGUCCAAGUCCAAGCAGCAGCAGCAGCAUCAGCAUCAGAGCCCAGUUGCCAAAUCGAAGAUUGCGCCCGUCUAUACGACCUACAAUGUUGGCGUACAGGACUACGACGAGGACCUAGAAGAGCUGAGCUUCCUGGCCGACCUCAGAGAUGCGGAGGUAGACGUGGAGGAGGAGGCGGAAGUGAAAGCGGAGGCUGAUGCCGAGGCUGUUGCAUCGUCAUCCCGCAUGGAUCCAAUCGUAGACUACAUUUCAAGCACUUGGCACGCCAUUUCCACCAGCAAGCAUGUAAUGUUCUACAAAGAGCCCGAACAGGAGAUCUAGGAGGAGCCGGUCGAAGCAGAUACCGCAGCCGCCACAUCAGGCGGCAGUCAGCGAGGGGAUCAGAACUACAAAAACGAAAAGGAGGAUUAGUUUGUAUUGCAUGUCUGUUAAAGUUGCAUUUUUGUUUGCUUCGUGCUGGGCCAUCGAUUGUACACAGAUCUACGGAUAUACACGGAUAUGCUAUAACCAAA